CUUACAGUUUUGCUUGAGACUCCACUGUUUUAUGCUGUGUUCGCAAAGUGCCUUCCGUAUUUUUUGCCAUUUCCCCGAAAAAUCAAUCGCUUUCAUCCCUAGAGACUAUUGCUGAAGGAAAAUGUGAUGAUAGCUCAGCCAGUGAGUGCUGUUUAAGUGCAGAAAGUGGUUGGAAAAGUGGUAGAAUAGUGAGUGCGAAAAAGUAGCGCAACAAUGAAGGAAAAAACAAGUGGCUUUCUUGGCACUGCAUCGACACUCUGACCAUUUCAGCGGAUGUUUGGGCAGGAGAGGACAAGUGGAAAGACAAUAAUGUCAUGGGAUCGUGCACGAGGAGACACUAUUUGCUGGCGAUCUGCGCCCUGCAGUUGCUCACCAUCAUCGAGCGGCAAGUCAUGGACUUCCUGGGCUACAUGUGGGCACCGAUUCUCGUCAACUUCUUCCACAUAAUCUUUGUGAUCUUUGGCUUCUUCGGUGCCUAUCAAUUCCGUCCCAAGUACAUUGUGACCUAUUCCGUGUGGAAUUUCCUCUGGAUCGGAUGGAAUAUCUUUCUGGUGUGCUUCUACAUGAAUGUGGGAUUUCUGGAUAGAGAGAGUGACGUACUGAAUCUGGGAACUGGCAGUUUUUCCUGGUUUCUCAUCAAUGGCUAUGGAUGUAAACCGACUUAUCCCACAAAUAUCACUUCUGAGGACCCCUUCAGGCCUAUUCGACCUGAGAAAGUGGACAAUUGCGCACUGGAAUAUCACACAGUCGAAGUCAUUCACUCAUCCAUUCAGAUUAUACUAGCUAUCCUAGGCAUAAUUGGAGCGAUAACAAUUGGGAAGAUCUUCAUCGAAGAGGACGAUGAUCGAUUCGAUUUCAUGGGGGGCGACGCCAAGAGCCCUCAACACACGGCUGUUCAUCCGAUGUACGUGAGUUACACGAGCUUGCCCACGGGUGGGACCUUGUCCAAAGACAGCACGGCGCCACGUCGAGGCUUCGGCGUGGACGAGGGGACAAAAGUGUCUCUGGCAAGUCUGGAGAUGCGUCCACACAUUAAGUAUACUGAAUUGUCCACAGAGCGCCUCAUGGAGGCAGAGAAUGGUGGUCAAUUUGUGGGCAUUGACGAUCUUGAGGAGGAGAUGAGGGAUUACUAUGGCACAGAGAAUCUGGCCACUGUGGAGAAGAGUGGCCGGACGCGCAGGGCAGUAUUUGAGGCUCCCCAGAAGGAGUAUGAACCGCCGAAAAUCUAUCGGGCAUACGCUUUGCCACCGCCACCACCGCAUCUUGUCACUGUGGCCCCCAAAAGUCCCGACUUUGAGCCCUAUCGCAUGCCACAAGUCACCAAAUCACCCCAUCUUAAGACCAGACGGCGCCUCGAGAGACAAUCCGCCGUGACUUCAGCGCAUCAUUGUGACCAGAUCAGAGAUGCACCGCCAGGAUACUUCAUGCCCGGUGAGGCAAUGCAGCGUGCCAAAUCGCACGAUCGCCUGUCGCAUCGCUCAAGGCGAUCGAGCCAUGGAUCCCGACCGCGAUCCUUCUGCAGCAACAACUGAAAUAAGGGCCACGACAUGAGUAUUUUAUACGAAGGAGGAAAAAUGUGCGUGAUAUACAUACGUUAAUCUGCCUGGCGAGAUUUGUAGGGAUUUUCCGCAAUGCACUCGCAAUUUUAUGAGAUUUGAGCCGUAAUUCGCCAUGAACCGUAAUAUUUGGGAGAUGGAAUCGUUUGAUUUGCAUAAUUUUCUACCGAAUUGAUCGUAAAUGGAAUUUUUCUGCCUCAAAUAGUCACAAAAUAAUAAUCGAUAGUUUCCAUCAACAAAGGUCGUAUAUGUCGAAGAGAUCUUUUGUAAUUUUAAAAACUACGGCUGACUGAAUACAUGCAUCUAGUCCAUAAGGCCAACUCUCCAUACAGUUCAAGGGUUGAAUUGACUGGUUUUAUUGUGGCGGGUGAAUCCAGAUUAAGUUUAGUUUUAUCUUUCAACAUAUCAAUUUUAUUCCGAAUUAAAAAUUAUGCCCUUUGACACCAUUAAGAGACUCCUUAGGUGAGCUCUUCAUGGAGAAUUACUUUUCUAUUUGAUUUUGUUUGUGACAUCAGAGCCAUUAAUUAAUUACCUUGAGGUAUUAAAAUUGCAUAUAUGAUUUAUUUAAAUAUAAUGUCGACGAUAUCUCAGAAUUAAUUCUGUCUUUGUUGGGAAAAUUGUUUCCUUUUCAAAUUCCCAGCCCAAAUAUUUCGACAGAAUUGCGAGUUUCGGUUCUAUACAUAACUUGUUACAUAAAAUAUUUCAUAUUUUAUUCUUAAUGUUAAGAGACGACUUUAAAGACACUUUUUGCCUUGAACAAAUAAUGAAUAUAGUAGAGUAGAUGUUACUUAGUUAUUGACUGUAGAAAAUAUAUUAUUAACAAUUGUUGAUUAGUUUGAAGGCGCAUCGAAAUUGUGACGAGAAGAGAUAAAGAAGUAAUAAAGUCUAGAAAGUA